AUGCCAGGCAGAUGGACUUGUCGCCCGAAACUAUGCUUGAGCCCCAUUAGACUAUCCUUGCGGGCUCAAUGCCGCCAGUCUUCCGCUCACGUCCCAGGUCGCAUCCUGAGGGGCCGCGACCUCGGCCCUACACGAGAAGAUGCCCACCAGACGUUCCGCCUUCGUAGGGACGAAACAGCCAAAGAACUUCCGUUGUCGCCAUUGCUCGAUCCGUUAGUCGUAGAUGAAAGAUCUCGUUUCGAGCAAACAAAAGAGCGCCCAAAAUUUGCAGAAUUUACACCUUUUCAGAAGAAGCUAUGGAUGAAUCCAUUCGCCCACGCGUUGGCGUCACCUAUUCGCCAUUGUCGCGCGGUACAAAUCGUACUCCCCACCGCUUUCUUGGUCUCUCUCAACGCCCGCCCCCACCCCACAACGAAAGACCCGUGGCUCCUGCCUGUCUCUCUUACCACAGAUAAGAAGCAUCUUGGUCCUCCGUUUCGUUUUCUCGGGAGGCAUCUGAUCGCCGCAUACAUGGGCAAAAGGAGGGCAUGGGAGAGAGCUCUUUAUGCACGCAUGAACGAAAAGUAUGGUGGUCAUAAUUUGAGGAAGAUGGUCUGGAGAGAGGACAUGCCAGAUUUCGUACUGGAUGUCAUGCGCAAGAGAGCAGUCAGCAAACUCAGCUGGAAUUUUGGUUUCAGAGGCCGCUUGAUUCCAGUCGCAAGCCCUCGCACUGAGGACAUUGAGGGCGUAGAAGACGUUUCCUGUGUGAUCAUAUUCCGAUCGCUUCGUACUCGCGCGGACGAUUUGCAAGACCAGGCAGAUCGGAUCACGACCGAACUGGAAAAAUGGUCAAACUACUUUACCAAGAGCUUCGAGGCGAAGCUCGACCCUCACGCUGCUCUAGAGGUCACCCACAAAGCCCCGAACUGGUAUAGUGGCCCUGUUGUCUCUCAUCUAAAACCUCGUGUGCGGUAUCCAGAGCUUGAAUUUCAUACCACCGUCUGGCGAGGGAAGAAGGUUGCAGUCUACAGCUUGACGGAUUUGCUUGGAGAAAACAAGGCGCAAGAAUUGAUAGAAGGCAGUCAUUACGCUGGCGAGAGAUCUGUCGUAAUCAAGGCAGCAAGACACAACGUACCAGUUGAGAUACUACUUAUGCAGCUUCAGGCGUAUAUCGCUCAGCCGGGGCCUUGA